ACCGCGGGGACGCGGCGGCCGCGGGGACACGGAGCGGCCCCGGGGACACGGCCCGGCUCCGGGGAGGGGGGUUUGCCACAGCCACACCGGGAGGUACCGGGGUAAAGGCGGAUCUCAGCUGCGGUGCCCAGGAGAGCUCCUCACCCGCGUUCUCCGCCCGCCCGGGCGCGGCUGUGGGGAUGGAGGAGGGACGGCGGCGAGGGCAGAGCUGGGCUUGUGGCUCUGGGGAUUCUCGGCUCUGCCUUCGCGCUGAGGUGUGCUGACCAUGCUGCCCCCCACGCCGCCAGCGCUGCCGCUGCUCCCGCCCGUCUCCGAGACCCCCGUGCAGGAGGAGCUGUAGGGUUUGCAGUGCAGAUCCAUGGAGCUGGACCCCCAUGCCAGCAUGCAGGUCGGGAUGAGGGUUGUCCGUGGAGUGGACUGGAAAUGGGGCAGCCAGGACAGCGGCGAGGGCAACGUGGGCACCGUGGUGGAGAUCGGCCGCACCGGCAGCCCCACCACGCCCGACAAGACCGUGGUGGUGCAGUGGGAUCAGGGCAACAGGACCAACUAUCGCACGGGAUUCCAGGGGGCUUACGACCUGCUGCUCUAUGACAACGCCCAGAUAGGCGUUCGUCACCCCAACAUCAUCUGUGACUGCUGCAAGAAGCACGGCAUCCGAGGCAUGAGGUGGAAAUGCAAAAUGUGCUUUGACUACGACCUGUGCACCCAGUGCUACAUGAACAACAAACACGACCUGUCGCACUCCUUCGAGCGCUACGAGACCGCGCAUUCCCAGCCGGUCCUGGUGAGCCCUCGACAGAACCUGACUCGCAUCACAUUAAAAGGGACUUUCCAGGGGGCUAAAGUGGUCCGUGGGCCUGACUGGGAGUGGGGCAACCAGGAUGGGGGUGAGGGGAAGAUUGGCCGUGUGGUCGAUAUCCGGGGCUGGGACGUGGAGACCGGGCGCAGCGUGGCCAGCGUCACCUGGGCUGAUGGAACCACCAACGUCUACAGGGUGGGCCACAAGGGAAAAGUGGACCUCAAAUGUACUGUGGAGGCUUCUGGGGGCUUCUACUACAAGGAGCACCUCCCAAAAUUAGGGAAGCCAGCCGAGCUGCAGAGGAAGGAGAGCACAGACAGACAUCCCUUCCAGCACGGGGACAAGGUCAAGUGCCUGCUGGACAUCGACAUCCUGAGGGAGAUGCAGGAGGGCCAUGGGGGCUGGAAUCCCAAAAUGGCUGAGUUCAUUGGGCAGACAGGGACUGUGCACAGGAUCACGGACAGAGGGGACGUGAGGGUCCAGUUCAACAGCGAGACCCGCUGGACGUUCCACCCUGGAGCCCUGACCAAGCUCAACACGUUUUGGGUUGGUGAUGUGGUCCGGGUGAUAGAUGAUAUGGAAACGGUGAAGCGCUUCCAACCUGGUCAUGGGGAGUGGACAGAUGAGAUGGCACCUACCCUGGGGCACAUUGGGAAGGUGAUCAAGGUCUAUGGGGAUGGAGAUCUGCGGGUGUCAGUGGGGGGACAGUCCUGGACCUUCAACCCUGCCUGCCUGACAGCCUACCAGAGAGAGGAGGAGGCCAACCUGAUGACCACAGAGAGUGCCAAGGAACCCAAAAGUACUUUGGUGACUGUCCUGGAGAAGCUGCUGUCCCAGAGGACAGAGUCAGAGCAUGCAGGGUGUCUGGUCAUUUGUGCAGCCCUCAACAAUGCAGCCAAAAUCCGGGAGCUCCUCCAGAAAUAUCCAGACAAGGUGGAUGCCAAGAACCAGGGCAGGACUGCCCUGCAGAUUGCCUCUUACCAGGGGCACCUGGAGGUGGUGAGGACGCUGCUGCAGGCUCGUGCCAACGUGGACCUGCGGGACGACGAGGGGGACACGGCGCUGCACUACGCGGCCUUCGGAAACCAAGCUGAAGUUGCCCGUGUGCUGCUGGCUAAAGGAGCCAGUGCAGACCUGCUGAACAAUGCCAAGUGCACAGCCCUGUACAUCGCUGUCAGCCAGGGCUUCACAGAGGUGGUCAGGGCCCUCUGUGAGCUCAACUGUGAUGUCAACCUCCCAGAUUCCCAGGGAGACACCCCCCUGCAUUAUGCUAUCACUCUGGACUACAAAGUGGUGAUUGAGAUUCUCACUGAAGUUCCCAACAUAGAUUUCACUGUCCAGAACUGUCAAGGCUUCAACCUGCUCCACUAUUCUGCCCUGAAAGGCAACAAGCUAGCCAUAAAGAAGAUUCUGGCCAGGGCCAGGCAGCUGGUGGACUCCAAGAAGGAAGAUGGAUUCACUGCCCUGCACCUUGCUGCUCUCAACAACCACAUGGAAGUGGCUGAAAUCCUCAUCAAAGAGGGUCGCUGCGACGUGAACGUGAAAAACAACCGGAACCAGAGCCCUCUGCACCUGGCUGUGAUCCAGGGCCAUGUGGGCAUGGUGCAGCUGCUGGUGAGCCAGGGCAGUGAUGUCAAUGCUGAGGAUGAGGAUGGGGACACAGCCAUGCACAUCGCCCUGGAGCGCCAGCAGCUCAUGGCCCUGGCCAUGGAGAAGCGCGAGGGGGAGAUGGGAGCAGCUCUGCUUUCCAAGCUGCAGGCUUCUGGCUUCCUGGGAAAUGUGGAGCUGAAUGUGGGGACUGCCAUUGCCUGCUACUUAGCCCAAGAAGGAGCAGACAUUAAUUAUGCAAAUCAUCGAGGAAAGUCUCCUUUGGACCUCAUCACAGAUGGGAGGAUUGUCCAGAUCGUCAAAGACUUCUCACAGAAAUUCAGGGAACAGCAGAUUUCUUCUGAGAGCUCAACCAUCACCUGCAGCCUUCGCCGUGUGCACACCACGCCCAACACCAUGACCAACCUGAGUGUGUCCAGCGUGGCAGUGCCCACUGAGUGCCUGGUCUGCUCAGAGCUGGCCUUGCUCAUCCAUUUCUUCCCAUGCCAGCACAGUAUUGUGUGUGAAGAAUGCUCCAGGAGGAUGAAGAAGUGCAUCAAAUGUCAAGUGACAAUAACCAAAAAACUGAAACAAGACAGCACGGAGGUGGAGUGCAGCCCCAGCUCCGAGUGCACGGAGCAGAGGAAGCUGAUGGAGGAGCUGCAGAGCCGCUACCGGCAGAUGGAGGAGAGGAUCACCUGCCCCAUCUGCAUCGACGACCAGAUCAAGCUGGUGUUCCAGUGCGGGCACGGCUCGUGCCCAGACUGCAGCACGGCCCUGACCGUGUGCCCCAUCUGCCGGCAGGCCAUCCGCGAGAGGAUCCCCAUCUUCGUCUGAGGGGACCCCAGGGAGGAGCCCCAGCUUUGUGUGAGGGUGUGUAACCCCAGAGGAUCCCCAUCUUCGUGUGAUGGAAACCCCAGGGAGGAGCCCCAUGUUUGUGUGAGAGAACCAGAGAGGAUCCCCAUCUUUUGAGCUUCACCCCAGAGAGGAUCCCCAUCUUCGUGUGAGGGAAACCAGAGAGGAUCCCCAUCUUUUGUGUGAGCUUCACCCCAGAGAGGAUUCCCAUCUUUGUGUGAGGGGUACCCAGGGAGGAUCCCCAUCUUCAUGUGAGGGUAAUUCCAGAGAGGAUCCCCAUCUUUUGAGCUUCACCCCAGAGAGGAUCUCCAUCUUCAUGUGAGGGUAAUUCCAGAGAGGAUCCCCAUCUUUGUGUGAGCUUCACCCCCAGAGAGGAUCCCCAUCUUCAUGUCAGGAUGCUUCACCCCCCAAGACGAUCCCAAUCUUCAUCUGGGGCUUCUUCACCCCCCGAGGGGAUUCCCAUCUUCAUCUGAGGAUGCUCCACUCCCUGAGAGGAUCCCAAUCUUUGUCUGAGGAUGUUUCACUCCCUGAGAAGAUCCUGAUCUUUGUCUGAGGAUGUUUCACUCCCUGAGAAGAUCCUGAUCUUUGUCUGAGGAUGUUUCACUCCCUGAGAAGAUCCUGAUCUUUGUCUGAGGAUGCUUCACCCUCCAAGAGGAUCACCAUCAUCGAGUGAGGAUGCUCCACUCCCUGAGAAGAUCCCGAUCUCUGUCUGUUCCCAUCCUUUCUUUGCUUCCCCUCCCUGGAGGGUUUGGCUCGCUGAAGAAGGAGGGGAGCACAGAAGGGAUGUGCCAGAGGAGGAGGAGGAUAAGGAGGAGGAGGAUAAGGAGGAGGAGACCCCUCGGGGUGUCCCAGGAAGGCACAGCCCCUCCCUCACUGUGCUGCUCAUCCACCACCACCCCUGAACCCAGCAGCUGCCAGAGCAGCAGAAGAGAUUCCCUGGGCUGUUCCAGAGGCAUCCAGGACUCCAUUCCCGAGGAGAUCCCGGGGAUCAGCUCUGCCAGGUGCCAGGGACAGGGAGCUGAUGUCCCCAAACUGCCCCCUCUGACCCCUGGGGCUCAACAGCAAACCUGGAUGCCAGGAGGUCCUAAAGACAGAGCGUGUGCCUUAGAGAAAAAGUAGUGAACACUGAUUGGAGAAAAUCUGUUACAACAAAUAUUUCUGACCUCUAAGUGACACUCUUCUUCUUCUUCCAUAUUUUAUUUUAUUUUUUUUCUUUUGGCAGAGCCGUGUGUUCAGAGACUCCUGAGCUUUCUAUCCAUAAUGCCAAAGGCAGGUGUUAAAUACUCCAAUCAAAGUGUAAAGAAAAUAAAUAGUAAUAAUUAAGAUACGAGGGGGAGGAGAAAAAAAAUAAUAAAAGGGAUUUCAUUUUUG